UGUGUGAAUCUGUGACUGUGUGUGUGUGAGAGUGUGUGUGUGUGAGUGAGUGUGUGUGUGUGUGUGAGAGAGACUGUUCAGAGAUCUGUGUGAGGACCAACAGUCCCGUUUGUUUGAGACUCAAAAUGUGGUUUUAGCGUCAGAGUUCUGUUUAAGGUAAGCAGCUCGGGAAGGGUUAUAUCAGUUAGAUGUCCUCACUAAGAUAUGAAAACAAGUGUGUGUGAGUGUGUGUGUUCAGGCUGAUGAAGUUUGUCAGUGUGAACACAUGAAGGUUGAUUCAGAGCGAGCUCACUGAAGCGAGCAGCAGAUCCUGGGAUUCGUCGUCUGUAAGAAAAAGCAUAUCGUGGAUGUUGUGAUGCUGCGCGGCUCUGUUGGCGGUCGUUUCUCAGCGGUGACUCGCAGCUGAUGUCCCUGCUGGUGUUUCAGACUCCAGCCAGCAGCACAGCAGACACAGCGACACAUCUCACAGGUGUCACGAUGUGAAGCACAAAGGAUUUUGGGCAGUUUGGGCUGAUCUCAGGUGUUCAGGACGUUCGCUCCACAGGUGAGGAGCCUAAAAACUGAAAGCGGGGUCGCUGUGUGUUGUCUGAGCUGUGGGGGCACAGAUUUCAUCUGACUGUAAGUCGCUGCUUUGUUAAAGGAUUUUAAAUCUGUGGUGUGAGGACGUGCAGAGAUCUGAGAGGACGAGCGAGCAGUUCAGGUGUUUGUCUCAGUGAGCUCGUCUCUUUCUUUAAGACACAGUCAAAAAUCCUGUUACGAUUUUCUGACUGUGGUCAGUCCAAUGAAGCCGUGUUCACGUUAGCUUCUGCGUACGAACCCAGGACAGAGAAAACAUGAGGAGAAAAGUGUUUCCAGCACCACACAAGCUUUAAAUAAAAAUCAUACAUGUGAAACAGCAUCAGUGUGUUUUUAGAUUUAACACCGGCCCACACCGUUACAGCCACCCACACCUGCAGGCAGUCCCCCGCCAACCUCAUGUCAUGAGUGGGACUAAGUCUGAGAGAGGCCGGGGGAUUCAAACUAGGAACCACGUCACUGUGAGACGUCAGCGCUAACCGCAGAGAAACAGGCAGUUUUUACUCUGAGACGUGCCACACCACAACAGGAAGUCGCUGUCAGUGUCGGGCUGAUCACGGCGAGCUGCAAAGAGGCGACGCCCUCAGGGCGGCGAGCACAGGUGGAGGGGAGAGAACACCUGACAGUCUGAGCAUUCAGCCUCUGAAGAGCUGAGGACAGUUUUAACGUCUCCGUCCCAAAUUACAGAUGCUGAUUCAGGCCGAGGGCGAGGAAGGUUUCAGACGCCGGGCUUCAAGUUUCUCACAUAUUCAUUUCAAACAGCUGCAGAAAAACGGAGGAUGUAACUUUAAAAAUGAGAAAAUGUUGGUUUGAGAUGAUGUGACCAAGGCCUAAUGUAAGUGGAAACAGUCAGUUAGUCACAUUUUCUCACUGAAGUUGGAUAAAAACGACACUUUCUUCAUAUCUGUGCACAGAUUACUCAUCAUUUCAGCAUUAGAUAAGGAAAAACAGCAAAAGAUACAAACAGGAAGUUGCCAGAGCAACCUGCUCGUCAUCCGAUCCUCUCAUGACUCUGUCAGAGGAGCAGCACUGAGCGCGCUCACAGAAAUGCUUCAGAAAGUCUCGUCAGUCAGCACGGGCUGGCGUUUUAAAUCAUCGGCUACAUGCUGCACAUUUCCAGGUACCCUACAGGAGUGCAUCAGCGCGGCGCUCCGGGUGCAAACUGAGGACUGUAGAGCUGCUCAGAGCAGUUAAAGAGUCGCUGUGCUUUCCAAAGCCUCCACCUGCUGGAUUUCAAACCUGAGCUCAGCCUGUAACUAAGCUAGCUGUCAGGUUUGGACAGGAAGUCUGCGCGCUCCAACCGCACACCGCAAUCUAUUUCAGCCUGAGGGCUGCACCUCUGAGGUUUAGCGUGCGUGUGGAUGGCGUGGGUUCGCUGGGGCGACCUGAGAAAAUAGCGAACCGUCCAAUCAGAGGCCCGAUGAGACGAGAGCGGGUUAAUCCACCGCACAGAGCGCCGAGCAGCACGCGUGCUCUGGACAGAUGAAUGAGUCAGGGUGAAACAGUGUGAGAGCGCGGGCAGUAUGAUGGCGAUCAACAAGUCUGAAGAAGACACGAGCAACUGCAGCAUCAACCAUGACAUCCACCAGCAGGUGUUCUCCUUCGUCUACAUCCUGGUGCUCGUGGUUGGUGUUCCUGCCAACGUGUACUCGCUGUACCACGCUGCCCUUCAGCUGAAGCAGAGGAACGAGCUGGGAGUUUACCUGAUGAACCUCACUGUGUCUGACCUGCUAUACCUGGCGUCUCUGCCUUUCUGGCUCCAGUACUUCUUUCAGGAUGAUGAUUGGCGUCACCGAGAAUGGCUGUGUCAGAUGUGUGGUUUCCUGCUCUACGAGAACAUCUACAUCAGCAUCGGCUUCCUAUGCUGCAUCAGUCUGGAUCGCUAUCUGGCUGUGGUCCAUCCUUUGAGGUUCACGGCUCUGCGCUCCAUGAAAGCAGCGUCCGUCAUCAGCGCCAUCAUCUGGCUGAAGGAGAUCGCGGUGGGCGUGUUUUUCUUUCACCAUAAGGAGGUCAGCAAAGAUCCCAAGAACCACUCGCUGUGCUUCGAGCACUACCCCAUGAAGUCGUGGGAACGUCCAAUCAACUACUACCGCAUCAGCAUCGGCUUCACGUUCCCGCUGGCCAUUCUGUUGGUUAGCUACCUGUGGGUCCUGCGAGCGGUGGGCCGGAGCGCGGGAACGCAGCCGGAUCAGAAGAUGAGGAUCAGGCAGUUAGUCAGCAGCACCAUCCUCAUCUUCCUCGUCUGCUUCUCGCCCUACCACGUCUUCCUGCUGGUGCGCACGCUGCUGGAGGAGCAAUGCAGCUUCAUCGAAGCCAUAUUUAACUACUACCACCUGUCCCUGCUGCUGACCACCCUGAACUGCGUGGCCGACCCCGUCCUCUACUGCUUCGUCAGCGAAAGCGCCCGCCGAGGCCUCUACAGAGUCGUCUUCAGACCCAUCGCCAGGAUACUCUGCUGCUGCUGUCGCCGUGGCAAUGCCAGUCCCGCCAAUCCGGCUAACGACUCCCACGAGGUCGCCACGGACGAGAACAACGGCCAGCCGAACGUGACGCUGCUCACACACAGCAAUACGCUGAACAACGGCCAAACGGACGCCGCCUGCAGAAACACGAGUUUAAUCACCCGGAUGCACGAAGAAAGCAUCAAAGCACGAGUCACAGAGAGUAACACGGCCUUGGAAAUGUCCGUGACAGAGAAGCAGAAACAAAACCCCGACAGGACGGAGGGACGUGGGCAGAAAUGAAAUGAUCAGCACGCCUCUGGGCACCAAUGACCCGCCUGCACAACGAGGGCGGGCUGUACUCCGCGGGGGCGUCUCUGUGCUAAUGCAACAGCCCAGCCUGAGGGAGGUCAGGGUGGAUCUGAGGUCUGCAGUCUAAAAGCCCCCAUUACCCCUCUGUGGUGUCUGACACGGCGCAACAUGGCUGACAAAACGCACAUGAGGAGUCCUGAAAUACUGCAGAGUGUCACGGCAUCACUUCUAAUAAGACUUUAUCAUGUUAGACACACAUUUGCGUCUAAUAACUCGCCUGAAAGGCGCCGUGUGGCAGCGAUGAGGUUCCCGUUAAACAGUGAAACAGGAAGCAGACGUGGAAGAAAUAAACCGAACGCUUUCACCGCAGCGCUGGAACAAACAACAGGAUUUCCUGUACUUUGAUUUAAAGAACCACACGUAACAUGAAGGGACGCAGGAAGACCCGACAGAACAUUAGAAACGAUUAUUGAUCAGUGAUCAGAUUUGACCCGAUGUUAACCAUCGAUUGGCUCCAGGACUCGUUAAAUGGGCCGAUUAUGACUUAUCGAAGCAAAUUCUUUAAAACAAGCUGAGACUUUGUGACCCCUAACCUUUGGUGACCUGUUAGAAAGUGUUACCAGAGUUCUUGUUAAAACGUAGUUUAUUAUAACGCUGAGUCACACCGAGGUUCCUCGCCGUCAGAUAAAGUGCAGAGGAUUCAGAUUCAGGACAAAUCUGUCUCUACUUGAAGCAGAGCUGAUAACAAACCUCAUCGUUAGCAUCAGUAGAGUUCAGUUACUGAUAAUGUGAACCUCACAGAUUCCUUCAUGUUUAAAGGCAGCAGGGUUUAUGUUAGCAUGAGGAGCUUCAAAGUUCAGACUUCAGACGAUGCAGCGCCAUCAAUGAAUUCAAAUUUAAGUUUGACAGGACCUUUGACGCAACCUGACGAGUCCAUAAAAGUCAAAAAGCUUCGGUUACCCUGAUCUGAAGCUGGCCUGCUGCCUUCAGGAUCAUCUUCUCGUGACCUCCUGCAGAGUUCAGAUCUCUCCUGAGCAGUGGGAGCGUGCUCUGUGGUUUUUGGGUUUGUGUACUAUGAAUUUGCUGUGACUUUAUCUCAGUGUUCAUGGCGCUCCAAUCAUAGCAACUGACCAAUCACUGUUUUUUUACACCCGAGCCUAGAGAUCCAGGCGAGCCGAUCGGCCGGCGGUGUUUCCUGCAAUCUGUGUCGGGUCAGUGAGCGGAGCUGCUGCAGCAAGCAAGGCCGUGAGUCCCCGAGGACCUGCUCCAACAGUUGUUUCAUAUUCGACUUUGUUAUUAUUCUUAGUUUUAAGUUUCACUUUGGUUCAAGAACCAGAAGUGCUUCCUCAGCAAACAGAUCAUUUCAGGACAUCUUGUGUCAUCUGCAGCCCUCGUGGUGUCUAGGACACCUCACAGGUAUCUUAGAUUCAAACACAAACUUGUGUUGUUUUGGAAAUGUUAACAGCUAAAAAAAGAGAAGUCUUCCUGUCCGCGGUGCUUCUCUGAAACAACAGCUGUUUGCAUGUCGAUCCACGUGUUAGCAGACUGUUUCUGAGAAGUGCUGCACGACCUGACACAGUCUAAAACUAUGACAUCGCAUUGCACUGAUGGUCCUGGGUCAGUGUUAAAAACAUGUAGGACCAACAUGGCUGCACCCACCUUACUGACAAUGAAAGGCCAGGGGGCGGGACCUAAACGCAGCAGCGGCGCUGAGAGCUGGGACGAGGUGCACGAGAAGGUGACCGUGAGCGGGAGAUUAGCCAAAUUUCAGUCACUUUUAUUCUGGAAGCGUUUGGCCGGCGUGCAGCAGUCAGACCGCCUCCCAUCUGUGACAAACACGACUCACAGUUUCCUCUUCAUUUUACUUUUAAAAAGAAAACUGUUAGUUUGCCCACACACACACACACACACACCGGUCACAGCAUGUCUUCAUAGCCUCCCUUUGAGUCCGUUUCAGCACUUUAACGCUGAGGAAAGAGACUCACAGUCUGCAGCUUCAUGAAGGGAAACCUCCGGGUCUGUAUGUUGCUCUCUGCAUGCAUGGAAAUGCCUCUAAGUCUGAAUAUGAACAUAGUAAGAAUCUGUGUGUUGACUCUGUGGUUAUAGAUCUGUGUGCUGAAACCUGCUCGCUAACAUGUCUGUGACAGAAAAUAUUUUUAUAAAGCUUUAAA